AUGGAAAAGAAGCAUGGAUGUUAUAAAUGUAGUACGGGUAGUGAUGAUGAUAAAAGCAAUCAAGAUGAUAACGAAAUAAAAUAUCAGUGGUUUUGGAAAUCAAAUAAAGAUCCAUGGCUUAACGAUGAAGAAAAACAAUUUACUCCAUAUGAAUCAAACUUCAAUCAAAUAAUUGAAAAAGCUUAUUUAAACGGAGAGAAUGAAGUAGUAAUUAACAAAACAUACAAAAUUGAUUUUAUACACGAGAUACAAAUAAAUUUAAAUGACGCAUUUAAAGAAAGACCUGUUCUUAGACAAUCUCUUACUACUACACACUUACCAUCAGCUACAUCAGCAGCUGCGACAGCCACAAGUAUUACAACAAAAUUUGAUACUGCUACAAGUGAUUGUGAACAACGUAUACAAUUCCCAACAGGAUUAUCUCGUUCCGGUUCAUUUAGUAGAGAUACAGAUUUUCGUGGUUGUACUAUCCAUCCCAAAAAACAAGACCCGUGGGCAUUUUUUGAAUAA